CUAUCUUCUGGAUACGAUUCCAUUAAAAGUUUGUUGUUGAUUGGUGCGCUAUUAGAGCAACCGACAGAUGAAUGUAGUAUGAUUAAGAAAAAUCUUGAGGUGUUAAAAAACAAUCUUAGAGAACCCUUAGAACGCAUGAAACCCAAAUUGCCUUCCGAAAUUGCUAUGAAAUGUGUAAAAUUUGCGCAUGAAUACAAAAAUCGGCAUGAUAAAUUUGAUAAUUUCAGAUUGAACCUCGUUCAUGAUGCAUCGUGGAAAGAUGGGAUUUCGAAACAAGAAAAAGUUGUCGAUAAUAUAUUGGCCGUAAUAGAUGAAACUUGGAAUAAUCCAAUGUAUUCGGAAGCCGAAUUUCGCAACAAAAUAAAUAAGGGUACCUAUGUCGCCGACAUUGUACUUCCCCUUAUUCGAGCUUCGUUGAAUGGUCUUCAGUGUUAUAUCACUACCGCUGAACACCAAAGUGUAGCGAGCCAAAGUCGAAAAAAUGAGCAGGAAAAGGAUGCACGAAUCGGUGACAAACCUGAUAUUAUGCUCGCGAUGACAUCAAAUAACAAAAAAUUUGAGCUUCUUUUUGUUGAAUGUUCUCGAAUAUUGUGUACUUCACGGGAAAAAAACGAAGAUUCUACAAAACUGUGGCGUGAAGUAAACGAUGGUGUGUCCUGGAUUGGGAAGGCAUGCAAACCCGCAAAAAAUCAAUUUGGUGUUACAGGAACCCAGAUCUAUGGGACUAAAAUGAGUUUGAAUGUUCUUAUGCAAGAUUCAAAUAAUCUAAAUCGGUACUUUCACGUGAAGGAGGUUGAAAUACCAUUAAUACCAUGUGAUGCUAACGGAAUUAUCAAUAUUGUGGACCUAUUGUUGACCCUCAGAAACAUUGUUAUUAUCAAUCAUUCUUUACUACGAAGUGCGGUAAAAAAUGCUUUGAAUCAUCAACCUCAUAUGGUUAUACCAAGUACAACUGUUAAAAAAUUUUAA